AUGGCUGAUAACGAUACUCAGCAGCGCCGCCGCAAGACUUUGAAGAAGUUCUCUUACCGUGGUGUUGAUGUUGCCGAUCUCAUCAACAUGAGCACUGAGGACUUUGUUCCCCUGCUCCACUCCCGUGGCCGUAGAAAGUUCAAGAGUGGUCUCAAUGCUAAGACCCUCCGCUUCAUGGCUAAGCUCCGCAAGGUCAAGGCCGAGGCUGGUCCCGAUGCCAAGCCCGCCCCUGUCAAGACCCACCUCCGUAACUGCAUGGUCGUCCCCGAGAUGAUUGGCAAUGUUGUCGGUGUCUACAACGGUAAGGUCUUCAACGCUGUUGACAUCCGCCCCGAGAUGGUUGGCAAGUACCUUGGUGAGUUCUCUAUUACCUACAAGCCUGUCAAGCGUAAGAACCCCAACGCCAACGCUGCUUUCUCUAAAAUGAUCCCCCUUAAAUAA